ACAACAAGAUUCAACCCAGGUACUGAGCCAGUUAGCCCUGUGAUUUUAAAUAACAGUUUUUCAAUUAACUACCUGCACUGACACUCUCUUUGACUUGUUACUGUCUGUCUGAAUCUCCACUCAUUUCCGAAUAAAAAAAAGGCUAAAACCCCAUCACAACAGCAAACAAUUGCAUCUUCUGAGUCCACCAGCAAUUUUUAGCUUAUGAGGUACUCGCGCUUGAUUAUCUAAAACCCAAUAACCACUAGAUAUGCCACUUCGAAGAUGUAUCUCUGGCUCACCCCUGUUUCUUCUCAUUGUUUUGCUUAUCUCGCUGCCAAUGGCUGCUUUUGGGUACGGAUCAUCGGGGCCAAUAGCAGCUGCAUUUGGCGAAAAUGGGUUCUUCUGUGCUAUUGAUGCUGGUGGAAAGCAAGGAAUCAUAUGUUGGGAUAAAGAUGAUAAUUUUUCAGUUUCAUCAUCAACAGCAUAUUUUAGUUCUCUCCCACCCAUGGCAUCUCUAUCAGGCGGGGAGGGGUUCCUUUGCGGCAUUACAUCAAACUCCUCUCAGGCAUAUUGUUUCAGCUUGUCAAAUCCAGGUAAAAAUCUUGUCCCAAUUCGUUUCAAAACCAAUUCUUACUCACAAAUAGCUGCUGGAAAAUAUCAUGCCUGUGCUGUUAAAGGAUCUUACUAUUCCAGUGUAGAAUAUGGUAACAUUGAUUGUUGGGAGUUUAAUCAAACAACUGGCUCAUUUCGCAACUCAUAUGUUGAUAGUCUUGUUUUUGGGAGGAUUGUUUCUGGAGAUGGAUUUAGUUGUGGAGCUAGUAAGCAAAGUGGUGUGGUUUGUUGGGGACCCAGGUCAACUAAUUUAGGAGUUCCAGUUGUUUCUGGUGAUUUUGAGAUUUUAGCAUCAGGGAGGAACUCUGUUUGUGGGGUUAAAACUCCAUCUAGUGAAAUAGAAUGCUGGGGUGAUGCUAAUGAGUUUGGUGCUCCACCGAUUGGAACUCGAUUUGUGGAUUUAACAGCAGGGGCACAUCAUUUCUGUGGAGUCCAAGAAGAUAAUCAUGGAAUUUAUUGUUGGGGGAAUAUUGAUCUGUCAUCAGCUCCUAAAGGGUCUGGGUUUAUGACUUUUGCUUCAUCAGAUUACACUACUUGUGGAGUUAGAGAAGUUGACUUAGUUCUUGAUUGCUGGAGUGUUCAUGGGCAGUCCCCUCCAGAAUACAGCCCUCCUUUGCAGUUAUGUAGUCCUGGCAUUUGUGCACCAGGAACAUGUCCCAGUGGGAAGUUUGCAUUCAAUGCAAGCAUCCUGAAUGAACCAGAGUUGACAAGUUUAUGUGUUAGAAAGGACUUGAAGAUUUGCUUGCCUUGUGGCACAAAUUGUUCCCAAGGUUAUUUCCCCUCUAGUAUGUGUAGUCAGAAUGCAGAUAGGAUAUGUACUGCUUGUUCACUUUGUCAAAACAGCUCUUGCUGGGACAUUUGUGGGCUUCCUUCUUCAUCAGGGAUUAAGCAGCAGGAGCAACAAGAGAUAAAGAAACUAGCAGUCAUCAUUGGUUCCUCUGUUUCGGCUUCCUUAUUAAUUUUAAUUGGGUGGUGUCUCAUUCCCGGGAAUGUCAAAACUAAAAAAGAAGAAACCAGAAAAAAUGGGUGUGGUUUUUGUGUAGUUAAGCCAGUGGUGGAGACUAACCUUGACCCCAAUCCACAACUUCCUCUCUCCAUAACCAUUGGAGAGACCCAGGUGUUCCGGCUUUCAGAACUGAAAGAUGCAACACAUGGUUUCAAGGAAUUCAAUGAACUUGGAAGAGGAACUUUUGGUUUUGUUUACAAGGCUGUUCUAUCUGAUGGUAGGCAAGUAGCAGUUAAGAGAGCUAAUGCUGCCACUAUAAUCCACACAAAUAGUCGGGAUUUUGAAGCAGAAUUAGAAAUCUUAUGCAGUAUAAGGCAUAACAAUAUAGUGAACUUAUUGGGUUACUGUGCUGAAAUGGGGGAGAGGUUGCUGGUUUAUGAGUUCAUGCCUCAUGGCACUCUUCAUGACCAUUUACAUGGGGAGCUCCCGCCUCUGAACUGGAACUUGAGAUUGAAGAUCUCUCUGCAGUCUGCAAGAGGAAUUGAAUACCUACAUAAUGAAGUCAAUCCACCCAUUGUUCAUAGGGAUGUGAAGACAUCAAACAUUUUGUUGGACUUUGAGUGGGGGGCAAGAAUUGCAGAUUUUGGACUCGAUAAGGAUUUAAAUGGGGAUAUGGAGAGUGAUGUCUACAAUUUUGGUGUGGUUCUGCUAGAAAUAUUAAGCGGAAGGAAAGCUUAUGACAGGGACUACAGUCCUCCAGGCAUUGUUGAAUGGGGAUUGCCCCUAAUUAGAAUGGGAAGAGCAGCAUCCAUUAUAGAUCAGAACGUGGCGCUACCUAGAAAUGUGGAACCACUUCUUAAACUUGCUGAUGUAGCUGAGCUUGCUUUGAGAGAAAAUCCCAGCGAGCGUCCCAGCAUGUCUAAUGUGGCAAAUUUGUUGGAUCAGAUUGUGAAAAUUGGAUUGACAUUGUAACUACAACGGCUAAAGACGUACUGAAGCAUUCUUUGGGCAAGUACUUGUCUACUGUAAAACAUUUGUUGCAAAAAUAUGCAUUUUGUUUAAAUUUCUUUACUCCCUUUCAGUAAGUGAAGGAGAGUUCAAUUAUUAUAAUAAGAUUUUUGCAUUUCUCCAUCCA